AAAAAACUAGGCAAGCGCCAUUGAGGGAACAAAGGAGUCUCGGAACCAAGUGAUGGGGAUAGCCUGAUAUCCUCAGUCCUUCAAACAAGAUGUCAAAGCGGCCAUCCUAUGCCCCUCCCCCUGCCCCAGCCCCUACAACACAAAUGCCCACCACCCCUGGGUUUGUGGGGUACAACCCAUACAGCCAUCUGGCCUACAACAACUACAGGCUGGGAGGGAACCCCGGCGGGAACAACAGGGUAAUGAACUCCUCAGGGAUCACUGUGCCCAAGCCCCCGAAGCCACCAGACAAGCCCCUGAUGCCAUACAUGCGAUACAGCCGGAAGGUAAGCAGGAAGGUUUGGGAUCAAGUGAAAGCCUCUAAUCCAGACCUGAAGUUAUGGGAGAUUGGGAAGAUUAUCGGGGGCAUGUGGCGGGACCUGACUGAUGAAGAAAAGCAGGACUAUUUAAAUGAGUAUGAGGCAGAAAAGAUUGAGUAUAAUGACUCUCUUAAGGCGUACCAUAACUCACCAGCCUACCUGGCCUACGUCAAUGCCAAAAACAGAGCAGAGGCGGCUCUGGAGGAGGAGAGCCGUCAGCGGCAGUCCCGUCUUGACAAGGGAGAACCGUAUAUGAGCAUACAGCCUGCCGAGGACCCUGAUGACUAUGAUGACGGCUUCUCCAUGAAGCACACGGCAGCCGCUCGUUUUCAGAGAAACCACAGACUCAUCAGUGACAUCCUGAGUGAAGUGGUUGUGCCGGAUGUUCGCUCUGUUGUCACUACCGCCCGGAUGCAAGUCCUCAAACGGCAGGUCCAGUCUCUCAUGGUGCACCAGAGGAAGCUGGAGGCAGAGCUGCUGCAGAUUGAGGACCGUCACCAGGAGAAAAAAAGACGGUUUCUGGAGACAACAGAGUCUUUCAACCGUGAGCUCAAACGGCUGUGCAGUCUUAAGGUGGAGGUGGACAUGGAGAAACUGGCUGCGGAGAUGGCGGCGGCAGAAGAAGCAGCACGGCGGCGGGCAGAGGAGAGGGAGCGGGAGGUGGCGGAGCAGGCAGAGAAGGCAGCCCAGGAGGAGCAGCAGGCAGCUGCAGCACAGGCCAAUCCAAAUCCAGAGCAAACCCCUGAGCCCAAAGAGGGAGAGGAGACCCCCACCCCAAUGGAGACAGAUGAGGCUCCGGCGGAGGCAUCUGAAGGAUCCCAGGAGGCUGAGGAAGGGGCGGCGUCUGCUCCUAAGAAACAGGCUCACCCUGAGCCUGCAGAGGGAACCACUGACGAGGGGACAAGUGACAGCACCGCUCCAUCUGAGAGCAGCACUGGGCAGGCCGCGGAGCCCCCACCAUCAGACGCAACUCCCGAGGAGCACCCCCCAGGACCAGCCCAAUAACACUGCUACACUACUCCCACCCACCACAGUCUGUGUCUGCCCUGCUCUGCCACCAGGGGGCACCACUGCAGUAAACUGACGCCUUGCUUGGUGCUGUUCAUUUGCCUUCUUAAGCCAAGCUUUUCCCACACUGGUCCUUUUGGCUGUCCACACAUUUCUCCCAUCUGCUGUGGUCAAGUCACAACACAGAUAUUUGAGUUUUAAUUCAGUGUUAAGGUCUGGAUCAGUUGAGAUUUUAGUUCUGAGGUAAUGGGUAAACGAGCAGAGGAGGUGUGUGAAAGGCUUUUUGGGCAAACAAAGGAAUAUUCAGAGAAGUUAAAAUAUGCAGAUAUAAAAUAUGUGAAAAAGUUCACUGCUGUGUAGAGCAGAGUCUGUAAAAGCUUCUGAGCUGUGUCUUGGACUGCAGCGUUCUCCACCAGCUUCUCUGAGCAUUUCUCCACCAGCAGCACACUAAAGCAAUGCCAUUUUUCUAAGUGCUUCUCUCCACCAUCUCACCUCUAAUCCAAACAGCAGGGCUUGGUUUUGUCAUGCAGAGUGUGUUACUGAUGAGAUCUGGCCUGUAGUUUAACAUCUGGCCAAUGCUAAUGCUCUGUAGAGCCCUUGACUUUUAUUAGUGCUUUUAGAGCUGAGUGGGUAGAGGAGGAACAGUGCUGGAGUGAAUCACCUUUUAUCCUUUUUCUCCUCACAUUGGGCCCUGUGGUUUAUGAUGACAUGGAAGUAAAAUGUUACUUUCCCGUUACUUAACGCUUCUUUUUGUUUCCUUUCUUGAUGUGAUUUGUUAAGUAUUAAGUGAAUUGUAGUAGCUGUCUGUUGAGUUUAGUCACUCUUACACCACUCUUGCACUGACAGGAGAGUGGACAGCCUGUCCUUCACAGUUUUUAAAUUAUCAGUCAAAAUGGUCUGCAGAGACCUUGCAGACCUGGCAGACAGAGGUGUACCUGCAUUUGAAUUGUCAUUCCUUGUCUUUUUUUUUUUUUUAAACCUUAUUACUCCAAUAAAGUCAUUUCUAUGCGUUUUAAUUACA